GAGACAAACUCGGGCACAGCGCUUCACUGUGAGAUGUUGCGUUUUUAUUCAUCGGUGCAGAACGUCUAAUAUUUAUGUGAAAGGCCGUAAACAACCCCUUUUCAUCGAAGAGGCAGUACAGUAUCUGAAAUGAGUCAUGAUAAGGGGAGAGAAGAGAAAGAUGUCAAGAGAGCAGGAUCUCCAGAACCAAACUGGGUGUCUAAGAAGAGUGACAGCUGUGCACAAAUUAACAUCAGCGAUGAACCGGCAAGGUUUGACCCAAGUGGUGGAAAGGAUCAUCUAUACCACAAUCAGUCUAGAUGUGGAGUUUGUGAGCAGGUUCUGAGAGACCCGGUCUCUAUCUCCUGUGGACACAGUUUCUGCAGACAGUGCAUCAAUACAUACUGGGAUCAGUCCAGACCAUCAGAAAACUAUGACUGUCCUCAGUGCAGAAAGACAUCUAGAACAUAUCCUGUUCUACAAACAUACAACAUUAUUGGAAGAUCCAGAUCUGAUGAUUCUGUUCAAUAUUACACUCAAAAAGCCCAGCAGGAGAAAACAAGAGACCUACAGAAACCAGUUGAUGAUAAACUACGUAGGUUCAAAGACCAGCAUAAAACCAGCUUGAAGAACAAGUAUGAGAGAUUAUUUGAGGGACUCAACAUGAGGAAGCAGAAGUAUGAAGAGAGAGAUCCAGAGAAACUCCUGCAGUCCAACAGAGAAGUGAUUGUGAAACUUGCUGAAGUGGCUUUCAAACAGCUGAUGAAGGGCAAUGUGAUGUUCUACGAGGAGGACCUGAUUGAGAGUGGCAUAGACCUCACUGACGCCUCAGUGUAUUCUGGGAUUUGCACUGAGAUCUUUAAGGAGGAAUCUGUGAUUCAUCAGAGGAAAGUCUACAGCUUCAUUCAUCUGAGCUUUCAGGAGUUUCUUGCUGCUUUCCAUGUUAUUCACUACCAUCUUUGUACUACAAUGAAAGCACUACAGUUUAUUACACUGCAUCAUAUGUUUAAAGUAGCAAUAGAUACAGCUCUACAAAGUAAAAAUGGAGCAGAAGAUCAAAAACGGACAAGCAGUCUCCACUGA